AUGGUAAUACCUCCUGAGAAUGAGCAACACCACGGAAAGCAACAACUUUGUGAGAGCAAUGAAACUAAUGGUACUUGCAGCAAAAGAUUCAGAGAUUCAAGUACACCAACAUCAUCAUUAAACUACAACGAAAACACCUCACAAAACAAAGACGUAGAAGUUCCAAAGGCAGGCUUGACUAGCCUGGAGAAUUGUAUUAAACAACUCACGCUGAGCAUAACAACUAUGAGUGCCAAACUCGAACAAAAUAGCGAAAAGCUCGAACAACAUACGGCUGAAAUGAAGCAAAACAUGGAGAAACUAACAGCUCAAAUACAUGAUCUCCAAACAAGAGAUAAGGAAAAGAGCAAGCAAAUAGAGCAACUAAAUCAAAAAAUUGAGCAACUUGAGCAAAAGUCCAUCAACAAAAACAUAGAAAUAAGCAACAUAUCCAACAUAAACGUUAAUGUCGACGAUAUAAUAAAAGAGAUAGUGCUUAAAACAGGUGUGCAAAUAAGCAACAACGACAUUGAGAGAGCUUACAAGAUACCCAAAAAGAAAAAACUCAUUAUCGAAUUCUCAACUCUCAAUAAAAAACGAGAACUAAUGAGCAAAAUAAAGAGACACUCAUUACAAAUAAGUAACGGAAACGGAGAAUCAAAUGAGAACGGAGAAAUGAGAGUAAAUGAGAGUAAUACAAUUUACUUAAAUGAUGAACUCACUCCGCACAAUCGUCGUUUGCUUUGGCUAACCAAAACAAAAGCUAGGGAAUGCGGUUGGAAAUUUGUCUGGGUUAGAAACGGAGUCAUUUAUGCCCGCAGAAUUGAAAAUUCCCCUUUCAUUUUAAUUAGUAAUUCAUCUGAUAUUGAAAACAUUACCUGUGCAAAUUAA